UCCUCUUCUUCCUCUUCCUCCAAAAAAAAAAAAAAAAAAAAAAACUACUAAUAAUAAAAUAUCUAUCUGAGAGACUCAAAACUCCAAACCCCUUUAUCACACCACCAAGCAACAACACAUUAAAAAAUAAAAAUCCAAAUUUCACCAUGGCCUCCAAGCUUCUCGCUUCCACUCUCCGCCAAACCCUAUUAUCAAAAUUCACCACUACUAACCACGUCCGCCCCCUCUCCACCGCCGCCGCCGCCGCCGUAGCCGCCGAUUACCACGAGGACACUGAAGGAAUUACAAUGAAAGGAGUCAAAAUCUCUGGAAGACCACUUUACCUGGACGUACAAGCCACGUCACCGGUGGACCCGCGUGUCCUCGACGCUAUGCUGCCUUUCUAUAUCUCUCGCUACGGCAACCCUCAUUCCCGGACCCACCUCUUCGGCUGGGAAUCCGAAAACGCCGUCGAAGCCGCUCGCUCCCAAGUCGCUUCUCUCAUCGGCGCUUCCCCUAAGGAAAUUAUCUUCACCUCCGGCGCCACCGAGUCCAACAAUAUCUCAGUCAAGGGAGUCUUGCACUUCUACAAGGACAAGAAGCGCCACGUCAUCACCACGCAGACCGAGCACAAGUGCGUCCUCGAUUCCUGCCGUCACCUCCAGCAGGAAGGCUUCGAAGUCACCUACUUGCCGGUGAAAUCCGACGGACUAAUCGAUUUGGAUCAGCUCCGAUCCGCUAUUCGGCCCGAUACGGGGCUUGUUUCGGUUAUGGCUGUUAAUAACGAGAUUGGAGUGAUUCAACCGAUGGAGGAAAUCGGUCAAAUUUGCAAGGAAUUCAAUGUUCCGUUCCAUACAGACGCUGCCCAAGCGUUGGGGAAGAUUCCGGUCGAUGUGGAGAAGUGGAAUGUGAGCUUGAUGUCGUUGAGUGGCCAUAAAAUCUACGGUCCCAAAGGAGUGGGGGCUUUGUACUUGAGAAGAAGGCCGAGGAUUCGCGUUGAGCCGCAGAUGAACGGUGGUGGUCAAGAGAGAGGGCUUCGGAGUGGGACUGUGCCGACUCCACUCGUUGUGGGAAUGGGGGCUGCGUGUGAGUUGGCUAAGAUGGAAAUGCAAUAUGACGAAAAGCGAAUUAAGUCGUUGCAAGAGCGAUUGCUGAAUGGUGUUAGGGAAAAGUUAGAUGGGGUUGUGGUGAAUGGGAGUGAGGAGAGGAGGUAUGCUGGGAAUUUGAAUCUUUCGUUUGCGUAUGUCGAAGGGGAGAGCUUGUUGAUGGGGUUGAAGGAGGUGGCAGUGUCGAGUGGUAGUGCGUGCACUAGUGCCAGCUUGGAGCCUUCCUAUGUGUUGAGGGCAUUGGGUGUUGAUGAGGAUAUGGCUCACACGUCGAUUCGGUUUGGGAUUGGGAGGUUUACUACUGAGGCUGAGAUUGACAGGGCGGUUGAGCUCACAGUGCAUCAGGUGGAGAAGUUGAGGGAAAUGAGUCCCCUUUAUGAGAUGGUGAAAGAAGGGAUUAACAUUAAGGAUAUUCAGUGGUCACAACACUGAUGGGAUUUAUGUGCUAGUGCUGGAAUGGUAUAUUUGGAUAAGCAAAAGAGUCUGGGUUGCAUUUGCAGGUUAUAUGUAAAAUGGAGAUGGGCAUGUAAGUUGGAGCUGCUCAACUAGGUGGAGAAUUCAUGGGGUUUGUCCAGGUUUUGUUUUCGUACUACUUGUAUAAUGUAGAUGCCUUGAAAAAUAACUCUUAUAAUUAAGUUUUGGAAAUAGAUGCUAUCUAUGGUAUCUGCCUUGUAUUGAUGUAGACUUCUAUGAGUUCUCUUGGUCUGGAAAUGGGCAGAUUUGAUAAUGAUGAGAAAAACUGGGGGAUGCUUUUUUUUAUUUUUAUUUUAUUUUCAGUAAUAAUGUAGUAUUUGUUUUGUUA